GACCGAUACCAAGCAGGGUCCUCCAUCCACACGUGUGUUCCGUGCGACGUUACCAUGGCGGACCUACAGAUGAAGCUUCUCCGCAAGAAGAUUCAGAAAAGAAAUGAAAAGAACAAAGAGCGAAAAUUACAGAAGAAAUCUUCUACGCAGGACGAGGAUUCUGUGGACUUGACAGCAAAGUUAAACGGGCCGGAAGAGGAAGAUUGUGAGGAGCCGGUCACGUCUUGUAAGACAAACGUAGAGCCCAAGAAGAAACAGAAUAAGCAGCUUGAGGGACCAAAGGAAACUCCUCUGAAGAAGAAAAAGAAGAAGAGGAAGCUCAAUGACACUGCUGAACCACCAGCAGAAAAGAAGAGCAAAACAGUGAAAGAAGCAGAUGAUGAGGAGGAAGAAGAAGAAGAAUUACAGGAGGAAUCCGAUGACAGUGGGGAAAAGGCUGACAAACCAGAGGAAGAUGGCGAUGGUGAUGAAGAGGAAGAUCUACCUGAAUUGCCAUCUGGUUUAACAGGGGCGUUCGAGGACACAUCAUUUGCCUCUCUCGCUGGAUUGGUGAGUGAAAACACGCUGAGAGGAGUGAAAGAGAUGGGCUUCGAACACAUGACUGAAAUCCAGCAUAAAAGUAUUCGCCCCCUGCUGGAGGGAAGGGAUGUUCUGGCUGCUGCUAAAACAGGCAGCGGUAAAACCUUGGCUUUCCUCAUCCCAUCUAUAGAGCUCAUCUACAAACUCAAGUUCAUGCCCAGAAACGGCACUGGUGUAGUGAUCCUCUCUCCAACUCGUGAGUUGGCGAUGCAGACUUACGGUGUCAUGAAGGAGCUGAUGACGCACCACGUGCACACCUAUGGUCUGAUAAUGGGGGGUAGCAACCGCUCAGCCGAGGCCCAAAAGCUGGCCAACGGUGUCAACAUCCUAGUGGCAACACCCGGUCGUCUGCUGGACCACCUGCAGAAUACCCCUGGGUUCAUGUUCAAGAACCUGCAGUGUCUGAUUAUUGAUGAGGCUGACCGCAUCUUAGAGGUGGGCUUUGAGGAGGAACUGAAGCAGAUCAUCAAACUGCUGCCAAAAAAGAGACAGACGAUGUUGUUCUCAGCCACUCAGACCAGAAAGGUGGAGGACUUGGCUCGCAUCUCCCUGAAGAAAGAGCCCCUGUAUGUUGGGGUGGAUGACAACAAAGACAAUGCCACCGUAGAUGGCCUGGAGCAGGGCUAUGUGGUAUGUCCAUCAGAGAAGCGCUUCCUGCUGCUCUUCACGUUCCUCAAGAAGAACCGCAAGAAGAAACUGAUGGUCUUCUUCUCUUCCUGCAUGUCUGUCAAAUUCCACUAUGAGCUCCUCAACUACAUUGACCUGCCUGUCAUGGCCAUCCAUGGCAAGCAGAAGCAGACCAAACGUACCACCACCUUCUUCCAGUUCUGCAACGCUGACUCAGGCAUCCUGCUGUGUACAGAUGUGGCAGCUCGAGGCCUGGACAUCCCAGAGGUUGACUGGAUCGUCCAGUAUGACCCUCCAGAUGACCCUAAGGAGUACAUCCACAGGGUGGGCAGGACAGCCCGAGGCAUCAACGGCAGAGGCCACGCCCUCCUGAUCCUCCGGCCAGAAGAACUUGGCUUCCUGCGCUUCCUCAAGCAGGCCAAGGUUCCACUGAGUGAGUUCGAGUUUUCCUGGAGUAAAAUCUCUGAUAUCCAGUCGCAGCUGGAGAAACUGAUCGAAAAGAACUACUACCUGCACAAGUCAGCCCAAGAAGCCUACAAGUCAUACGUGAGGGCUUACGACUCCCACUCGCUCAAACAGAUCUACAGCGUCAACACCCUCAACCUCCCCAUGGUGGCGCUCUCCUUUGGCUUCAAAGUUCCUCCAUACGUUGAUCUCAACGUCCACAGCAGUAAAGGUUCGAAGCUCCAGAAGCGAGGCGGCGGAGGUGGCUUUGGAUACCAGAAGUCCAAGAAUGUGCACAAAUCCAAAAUCUUCAAGCACGUCAACAAAGGAAAGGGUGACAAGAGGCAGUUCUCCCGCUGAGACUCCCCCUGGACAGACUCCUCCUCUGUGUUUUCUGAUGAUAGCCCCUUUUUUCACACAUGAACUUCUUGCUCUGGACAGGGGGCUGUGUAGUCUCUGACUGAACUGUCUCCCUCAGACAUUGUUUAUCCAGCUUUCUUCUCACCAGUUGUGUUAAAGGUAUUUUGUAAAUGUACACUCAUAAUGUAGAAGGCUCCUGGAUUCCAUCUGUCCCUUUGUGGAGGUCUGAUUCACCACAGACGUCCACUUUAUUGCCCCUGACUUUCAUAUUAAAUCAGACCUCAUUAAUAAAUGGCUCAUUCAUUUUA